AUGGACAAGAACGAGUCAAGUACAGAGAAUGGUCUUGUACGGGCGAGUCAAAUACAGAGAGCGUUGACUGUAUCAACGUCACGAGACCUUGCUCGGGAAUGGAUACAAACGACUCAAAUUAUGGGAUCAAUACAACUAGGAAUUCAACAUGCUGUUGGUGGAUUAGCUAGUAAGCCUGAGAGAGAUUUAUUAAUGCAAGAUUUCAUGACUGUUGAAACAACGAAUUUUCCAAGUGAAGGUUCAAACCAUACACCAGCACAUCACUUUUCUGAGUUCAAAUUCAAAAAUUACGCUCCAAUAGCAUUUCGAUAUUUUAGAGACCUCUUUGGAAUUCAACCUGAUGACUUCUUGAUGUCAAUGUGCAGUGCACCAUUGAGAGAAUUAUCAAACCCCGGAGCCAGUGGAAGUAUAUUUUAUUUAACUGAAGAUGAUGAAUUCAUAAUAAAAACUGUACAGCAUAAAGAGGGGGAAUUUUUACAAACUCUUUUACCGGGUUAUUAUAUGAAUUUAAAUCAAAAUCCCAGAACCUUAUUACCAAAGUUUUUUGGAUUAUAUUGUUAUCGCUGUAAUAGUAAAAAUGUACGAUUAGUUGCUAUGAAUAAUCUUUUACCGUCAGCAGUAAAAUUACAUCAAAAAUACGACUUAAAAGGAUCAACAUACAAAAGAAAGGUGACCUUUUUUUGCAAUUGA